AUGGGCCAGGGCAGUACCCAAGUCGGGACACCCAAAGAGCUACAGUGUUUGUCUGAGAGGGACAAGGGAGCGAUUCGCGAAGCCUGGCGUGCGUUCUGCAACACCCACCCGGAUCCCGGCGCAGUCCUUUUUUCUGCGCUCCUGGACAGGCACCCGGAGUACCAGGCGCUCUUCAAGGAGUUCAGGGACGUGCCCAAGAGUGGCCUCGUCAACGUGCCCUUUUUCAAGACAGUGACGCACUGUUCGGCGAUGGCCAAGCUGCUGAGCGACGUGGUCGAGACGCUGGACAAACCCGCGCUGCUCGCGGCCGUGGUGCGGACCAACGCGCUCGAGCACGCCACCCGUGACGUGCUGCCGCUGCAUUUCGAGUCCCUGUGGCAACUGGUCGGAACGCGCGUGGGCCUCGGCGCUGCCGGCGCGUCGUGGGAGAAGCUUCUCGAAGCAAUGCAAAAGAUCACUCUGAACGUCUACGAGAAUCUUGGCGUCGACGUCAGCGCACCUACCGCAUCGACGCUAAGCAGCCUCGGCGAAAGCCCUAUUUAA